AAGCGCUUCCCUUGCAGCUUUGCUGGCUGUGAUCGCCGCUUCGCUCGUCUCUUCAAUCUUCACACCCACGAGAAGACCCACGAUCCCACACAAGCUCGCCCUUUCAUCUGUUCCGAGGCCGAUUGCCGGAAAGCCUUCUCACGCAAGCACGACCUGCAGCGUCAUGAAGCGUCAGUCCACAAGGGUGAGCGCAAUUUUGCCUGCACCACCUGCUAUAAACCCUUCUCCCGUCAAGAUGGGCUCCGUCGUCAC